CGGGCUGUGGGCCGCGUGGGAGCAGCGGGGCUCGACGGCACGGCCGUCUGGCCACCAUGGCCGCGCACGGGAAGCUGCGUCGGGAGCGGGGGCCGCAGGCUGAGUAUGAGACGCAGAUCAAAGAAAUGCGCUCCCAGCUGAGUGAGCAGCUCCGCUGCCUGGAGCUGCAGGGCGAGCUGCGGCGGGAACUGCUGCAGGAGCUGGCCGAGUUCAUGCGGCGGCGUGCCGACGUGGAGCUUGAGUACUCGCGGGGCCUGGAGCGCCUGGCUGAGCGCUUCUCCAGCCGCAGUGGCCGCCUGGGCAGCGGCAGCAGGGAGCACCAGAGCUUCCGGAAGGAACCGUUGCUCCUGUCGCCCUUGCACUGCUGGGCCGUGUUACUGCAGCAGACGCGAGAGCAGAGCCGUGAGAGUGCGGCCUUGAGCGAGGUGCUGGCCGGGCCCCUGGCCCAGCGCCUGAGUCACAUCGCGGAGGACAUGGGCCGCAUAGUCCGGAAGAGCAAGGAUCUGGAGCAGCAACUACAGGAGGAACUCCUGGAGGUGGUGUCGGAGCUGCAGACGGCCAAGAAGACGUACCAUGCGUACCACACUGAGAGCCUGAAUGCCGAGGCCAAGCUCCGUGAAGCCGAACGGCAGGAAGAGAAGCGGGCAGGCCGGACCGUGGCCACCGCCGCCACUGAGGCAGGGCCCCUCCGCAAGGGCUCCCUCAAGAAGGGCGGGCGGCUGGUGGAGAAGCGUCAGGCCAAGUUCUUGGAACACAAGCUCAAGUGCACGAAGGCGCGGAACGAAUACCUGCUGAGCCUGGCCAGCGUCAACGCUGCUGUGAGCAACUACUACCUGUGUGACGCCGCGGACCUCAUGGAUUGCUGCGACACGGGCUUCCACUUGGCCCUGGGCCAGGUGCUGCGGAGCUACGUGGCCGCCGAGAGCCGCACGCAGGCCUCCCAGAUGGAGGGUCUGGGCAGCUUGGAAGAGGCCGUGGAGGCCCUGGACCCGCCGGGUGACAAGGCCAAGGUGCUGGAGGUGCACGCAGGGGCCUUCUGCCUCCCACCACGCUUUGAUUACCACCCCCACGAGGGGGACGAGGUGGCUGAGAUCCAGGUGGAUGUGGAGCUGCGGGAGGAGAUUCUGCCCAGGGCCCAGAAUAUUCAGAGCCGCCUGGACCGCCAGACCAUCGAGACGGAGGAGGUGAACAAGACCCUGAAGGCCACCCGGCAGGCCCUGCUGGAGGUGGUGGCCCCAGACGACGGGGACACACUUGAUUCCCUCCAGGCCUGUCCCUCCACCGAGUCCCUCAAGCCGACCAGUUCAGAGCCAGGUGCCCGGCAGGCCAGCCGGCGGCGGGGCCAGCAGCAGGACACUGAGACCUUCUACCUGAUGAAGCUGCAGCAGUACCUGAGCGGGAGGAGCGUCCUUGCCAAGCUGCAGGCCAAGCACGAGCAGCUGCAGGCCGCCAUUCAGCGAGGUGACAAGGCGGAGCAGGAGGCGACUUCGCUGCACUACACUCAGAAAAGAUUCCUGAAGAGCCGCCACCCCCGGCCCAGCUCCCAGUAUAACCAGAAACUCUUUGGGGGAGACAUGGAGAAGUUUAUCCAGAGCUCGGGCCAGCCCGUGCCCCUGGUGGUAGAGAGCUGCAUCCGCUUCAUCAACCUGCAUGGCCUGCAGCAUGAGGGAAUCUUCCGGGUAUCGGGUGCCCAGCCCCGGGUCUCCGAGCUGCGUGAAGCCUUCGAGAGAGGGGAGGACCCGCUGGUGGAGGGCCGCACGUGCUACGAUCUGGAUUCGGUGGCCGGGACGCUGAAGCUCUACUUCCGGAGCCUGGAGACCCCGCUCUUUUCCCCGGAGCUCUUCAUGGAGCUGCUGGCUUCUGCAGAGCUGGAGGCCCCAGCGGAGCGUGUGGAGCGUGUGUCCUGCCUCCUGGGCCGGCUGCCCAGCGCCGUGCUGGUGGUCCUGCGCUAUCUCUUCAGCUUCCUUAACCACCUGGCCCAGUACAGCGAUGAGAACAUGAUGGACCCCUACAACCUGGCCGUGUGCUUCGGGCCCACGCUGCUGCCCGUGCCGGCAGGCCAGGACCCCGUGGCCUUGCAGGGCCGUGUGAACCAGCUGGUGCAGACCCUCAUCCUGCAGCCCGCGCGGGUCUUCCCAGCCCCCACCCUGCUGCCAGGCCCUGUCUACGAGAAGUGCAUGGCACCCCCGGCGAGUUGCCUGGGGGACCCUGUGCUGGAGACCCUGGCGGGGGACAGCGAGCUGGAGCUGGACGCUGGGGCUGCACCCCAGGAGCACGACUUGGAGGGCGUCGUGGAGGCAGUGGCCUGCUUUGCCUACACGGGUCGCACGGCCCAGGAGCUGUCCUUCCAGCGUGGCGAUGUCUUGCGGCUAUACCAGCGCGCCUCGGAUGACUGGUGGCGGGGCGAGCACUUGGGCACUCGGGGCCUCAUUCCGCACAAGUACAUCACGUUGCCUACGGGGGUGGAGAGGCAAGCAGCCGGGCCGCAGGGUACAGGAGAGCUGCUGGCCAGCCCGGAGGGCCCCCUGGCCAUGGAGUCUGCCCAUCGGCCAGAGCCGUGCAGCCCGCCGGAAGCCGGAGGCUCUUCUAGGCCCAGGUGGCAGAGUUUGGCGCCCCCCUCUCCUGAACGCUACACCGAGAUAGACAAGGCCGUGGCCCAGACCAUGGGCUCCGUGUUCAAGGAGCUCUUGGGGAAGACCGCCCGCCAGGGUCUGGGGCCCAGCGAUGCCCCUGCUGCCGGGCCCCGCAGCCCAAAGCUUCCGGUGUGUAGCCGACAGAUGAAGACCACAGGCUUUUCUCGGGGUGUGGAAUUGCAACCCCAGGGCCUGGACCCCACAGUCAAGCCACACUGAGGCCCCUUUGUUGCUCUGACACCCUGUCUGCUGUGCGUGGGCAACCCUGCGGAGCCCGCGGGGGUUGGUGGCUGUGGGCUGGGCAUUCAU